AGAAAAAAGAGAAGCGAAAGAGGGGAAAAAGUCGACAGAGCGGGAGGUUUUUCAAUCGCGUGGCGGGGGGAGGUGGGGCGCGCACAGACACGAGUAGCUUGUUGUAGUUUGUGUGCAUUUUGUUGUGAGACCACCCUCAGCGCCGCGCCUCGCCACGCCGCCAAGGUUCUCGACGCAAUCGAUGCUUCUUCCUUCUACGUCUCGGUAGCCUACUGACUGUCUAUCGUCUUUCGCGACACUCCGUUCUACGCGUUCCUCGCAGUCGGACCACAGCACGUACCGUACUUAUCUGUGCGGACGUGUAACAUCGAGCGAGCGGAGACGGAAUCUUCGUCGUCCGGCGGGCAAAAACCACGACAACUGGACGAGAGGAAGACAAGAGGGGGAGGAAGAUAGCGUAUGGUGGGGAGUCGGAGGGGGAGCGGCGGGGUGGGGAGAGGACAAACUGACGAACAAGGCGAUACUCACACAAAACAGAGUUUCUCCUCCCCGAAAAAUCGCUUUUUUCGGCGGGGGUUUUCGGAGCACGUUAUCAGAGUACCCCCUCCGCCGCCGCGCGACCGACCCCACUUCCCCGGCAGCGGCUCUCUCCCACAGUGUGGACGCGGCGACCGGAGAAAAAAUUCGAUCGUACAGAACUUUGAACAUUAUAUUUCAUUCGGCAAGUGAUUGCGUGGGUGCUCACGCGGCGGGCGGUAUAGUGCUGGUGGGGGUGCGUGUGUGUGUGCUACAAACAUGCGUCACGUGGUACGUCUACAAGUGAGAGUUUACGAUGACUGAAGUGAGAGGACCGGACCGUGCCGCCAUGCCAGUGAUAAGCAGUGAUAAGGACAUGGCCAGUAAUGGAUAUGCUGUUGACGAGUCGCUGACUGAACUGUGAGACAGAGAUUGGACUGGGUUCGACCCACAGAAGAUGUCCACUUUCCCGCUCAGAGGCUCGCCAAACAAUCAGUCAAGCGCACCUGCCUCCAGUCCACCGCGGUCUACGAGUCCUCCAGCUCCAGCCCCCACUGGGUCGCCGCCUCCAGGGCGCUGCUGUGACUCCGGACGUCCGCUCCUCAACCCCCUGACCGGUCAGACCGUCUGUUCCUGUCAGUACGACCUCUUCAGCUACCAAAGGCUAGCCGGAGCCCCCACGCUGCCUGCUCUAUCUUACGGGCCGCCCUACCCAGAGGGCAUGGCCGCCUACUUCCCGGCCCUGGGGGCCGAGCAAUCGCCCUUCUACACGACUGCGGCCGCUGGUCUGGAACUGAAGGAGAACCUGGCAGCCGGCGCUGCAACGUGGCCUUACCACGUCUAUCACCCCUACGACACGGCCUUCGCCGGCUACGCCUUCAAUGGAUACGCCAUGGACCUGAACGGUGCCAGGCGAAAGAACGCGACGCGGGAGACGACAUCGACGCUGAAGGCGUGGCUGAACGAGCACAAAAAGAACCCCUACCCGACGAAAGGCGAGAAGAUCAUGUUGGCCAUCAUCACCAAGAUGACGCUGACCCAAGUGUCCACGUGGUUCGCCAACGCGAGGAGACGACUCAAGAAGGAGAACAAGAUGACGUGGGAGCCCAGGAACAGGGUCGAGGACGAGGACAAUAACAAUGACGAGGUCCCCGGCGGCCGGAAGAGUGCGGACAACAAGGAUAACUUGGAUUCCAAAGACUCGGGAACGGGAGAGAGUGAGGACGGUGAUCGUGACAGAAGCCAUCAACUUCUGGACAGGCCACCCAGCAGCGAGUACAGCGGUUCCAGGCCUGGAUCUCCAGAGUGUCUACAACACUUUCUGCAUCCGGCCUACCACUCCUCACCGCUGCCUCCCGCCCCGGGCAGCAGCCAGCAACCCAAGACCAAGAUCUGGAGCCUGGCGGACAUGGCGAGCAAGGAGCCCGACCGAAGUCGACUGGUUUCCCCGCUCGCUAGAGGCGUCCAUCCCCUCCACCAUCCGAGUUACCCUCAUGACUUCUACCGAAGUUUCUACCCCCACCUGCCCGCGCCGAGUUCGGACGCUGCCCUCCUGGACUCGUACUCCCGCUCGUUCGCAGCCGGUUCGACAGGGAGCCUGUCCUCCGUGGCGGCGGUGGUCGCCGCAGCCGCAGCAGCCUCCUCGGGAACUGGCAAUGCCACUACACCCUUCGGCUUGGCCGUGACGACAGGAGCGUCGUCAGCAUCCUCGUCAGGCUCCUCGGUCUCCGACCACUCGGCGAAACCCUCGGACACCGCCCAGCGAGCCUGACCCAUAGUUCCACGUGCGCACUCUCCUCUCAGAUGAGUCCUGGGAGACGGACUCUUCGCCAUUCAGUGCGCGAAAAACGCUUGACCUCAUACCUUCCGCUAAAUCUCAUAAAAUGAUUUUGAUCGAGUGGUUUCAAAGACCGACUCUGUAUGACUGUUCGUAGCUUUUUGCGGAGUGAAUUAAUGUGCGAUAUAAAAUCAUUGUAUUGUAUUUUAAGACUGCAUAACUCUUUUAGAUACUUGAGAUGUGGGAUGUGAAUGUUGAUAAGCCUAUUACUUUUCGUUUGGCAAUAAUUAAAUGAAAGAGAAUACACUACGCCAUGUAAGCGUUGAUUAGAGCGACUUAGCUCGGAUGGACUGUUUGGGUUACAGCUACUUCUGAAAGUCCGAAGUUGUGAGUAAUGGACAAUAAGUUAUUAUUUAUGAAUAUCAAUGUGAUUUAUUUGUUAUUUAAAUCCUUCUUUGUGAUACAACUGUUUAAAUACAAUCCUAGUAAAUAAUGCCAUGUUGAGAGUAUAUUGGCCACAUAUGUAAUCAUAAUGUACAGAAUUGCGAUAUAUUUGAUGUAAAUGUGAUAUAUAUUCAGUUUAGUAAAUUCUGUUGUUGAGGUCUUGUCUACACCAUGCAAACAUCAAAUUUUUGUUUACAAUAUUUUGUAAAAUUUAAUAUAUACUGACUUAUUAACUAAUGAACGUUUGUAUUUUCGUUUUGAUUGUUUCUCACUUAUUUUGUUGAUUUUGACCUACCUUAAUACGUACGUAUGAGCUGUAAUUUGAUAACUGAAAAAGCUUUAAAUUUAUUGGGGUCAUGUUUAUUUUAAAGCUUUGCCAAGAUAUAGUAAAGUAAUUCCUGGCCUUAGUAUUUGCUGUCGAGAAUGAUUGAUAAAUAGUAUUUACACUCUCAAUUCUCAUUCUAUUUCAUUGUAAAAAGUAUUAAAUUUAUUAUUUGAAUAUUACAUGGUACUUUAUUUAAUUUUUGUUUAAAUUUUGUUCAUUGUAUAAUUGAUUUCGUUUACUAAUUAAGCUAGUCAGUUCAGCGAAACGCAAAGCCAUUUAUUGUUUCAUCUUAAGCAGUAGUAAUUUCUAAUUUAUUUAUAUUAUGAAUAAAUAUUUUUGAGGUUCAAAAAUAAAAUAUCCUCUCAGAAGGUCUCGCGAUUUUAAAUCUUCUACUUGACAUUUUUAAUUGUACCAACGAAUUUACUACCAUUUUGUACAUAAUGUUUAACACAGUCAGCAUUAAUAAUUAUUUAAAUUGUAAAUUUAUUAAUUUUUACCAGCUAGUAUUUCAGUCUUUAUAGUUAAAUGUUGAAUCAGUAAACAAGCCAGUAAUUUUCAUUCGAAUUUAUUUUUAAGGGAAGAAGAUUAAUGUGCUUGUAUAUUUUCUUAAUUAUUGUAAAUUAUGAAAUAAUGUAAUUUUUCUCGAUUAUUCACAUUGUGUAGUUUUUGAAUUGAUAAUAAAUAAGUGUUUUUAUUUAUGUUUUGACCGAAGAUAAUUGGAACUGUUGAGUAGGAGACGGCCGCGGCCUAGGCAGAGAACUGAUGUAGAUACACCUACAACAUACACUUCAUGUAUAUUUAUGUAUAAUGUAGACUAAUAGAGCCUUUACGACAUUAAAUAAAAUAUUUGUUAUAAAAA